UUGCUAUAACUCAUCAAAGAUCACCCCAUCAUUCCACGAGAUGAGCGAGUCUGACUGACGCGUACUCAUGAAAUCCACCAGAAUACCACCUUGCCCACCAUGAAACACAGUGGCCACGAAAGCUAUGGAGACCUAAAUAUUGCUCGAUUGGAGAGGGUUAGGUUUUUAUAACAUGGGCAGAUUCUGGGGGCAUCGAAAACCGUGCGGAUAUUUUCCCCAUCUCACCACGAUUCCGCGGCCACUGUUACAUUGAAAAAGCAUGAGAACCUCUCAUGCAAGUAAUAAAGCGUUCCAAUGUAUUUAUCUGUACAAGAGCACAUCUCCAUACACCUGUGUCUCACGAAUCGACUCUCGUUACCACUUCACAGCGGAUGGAGAUAAAAAAUGAGUCAUGUAUGUACGCAUUCAUCAAAAAGUGUAUAAAUCUCGAUAGUCAGCAGCAUAGCAAGGAAAACUGAUUCUCAUUCACACCCAACCAACAGGCAAAGGAAGAGGAUAUUGAAUUUAUUUUUGGCUGCAAGAAACUUUACAUUUCCUAAUUUCCAGGAAUUAGCUCGUUAAUUUCAUCCUCAUAUUUUAGAAACCAAAAUCAUCAUCAUAAUGUCGUCCUGGAAGGUUUCGGGUCCUGACGCCAACGCGGAUGCAAACUUCAAACUGGGUGAACAGAAAGUAAAAGCAAAAACGCGCUACACCCCGUCUAAAGGUUGGAAAGACCCUUCAGCGGAAUGGAAUCUUGUAAAUGUUGGAGCAAACGCUGGUUUGAGCACGGUCAAGGCGGAACGAGAGCUAACGGAAAAUUCUAAGCUGAGCCUGCAAGGCCCAAGUUGUGGGGUGGACGCUGGGGUAAAGGUCACCGGGGAACGGGUCGGGGUUGACCUAAUGGCUGAAGCAAGUGCCGCACAAGCCAUGGUUUCAGCAGGACCUGCCUUUGUCAAUGCCAAUCUAAACGCCAACACUGGUGUAAAGGUAGGAACGGAUGGGGUCAAGGUGGGUUUCCUCGGUUUUGGGGUGACCUUGGGUGUUGGAGGAAAAUUUUCACUGGAUACUCCCGUCGGUUCGGCCGGAGUUGCAACUGGAACUCAUACACACGAAUAUACAAAUGAAGAUAAAAUGACUUACACAAAUUAAAUUAAGUGAGAAUAUACUUAUAUUCGUCAUGCAAUCCAAAACAUGGUAAAAAUAGAUAAUAAACUUUUAUGAAUGCAUAACGUGACAAAGAUGCACAAAUGCAUUGACUAUGCUAUGUAUGCAUCCCAAACCUGGGUGAAAUAAAAUAAAAGAGUAGUUAAAAGAUAGCAAUAAUUAUUUGGGAAUGAAUUACAUGGGCCCUUUUGUAAAAAUUAAAUAAUCUGUGGACAAAUAGUCACUCGCAGAGGUGCUCUAUUUACUUAUUUAGUACUUUAGUAGACGUUUUGUCAUCAAGGGGAAAUAUAUAAAUAGGUAAAAAUUCGUGGACGAAUUACAUGACGUCGUUAUCUAAUAAAUGAACAUCCUUUUGAUCUGAA